AUCUAAAUGCAAUACAAGUGACAAAACAAUGGACAAAACAACUGAUAUACAGUAACGUACAAUCGCAGAAACUGUGCAUUUGUAACCAAGCAUUCGAGUAGUCUAGAUUUCGAGUUUACAGCUUCCAAAUGGUCAUCUUUGACAAGAAACUUAUCCUUUUGAUACUAUGCCUAGUGGCAGCAUGUGCCUAUCCUCAGGAAUUAUCAGCCGAACAGGAGGAGAAACCACUAGUCGAAGAAUCCGCUCCGAAACCAGUGCCGAAAAUAUUCAACAUUCCACCCGACGUGGAGGUGAACUUCCAACCCGGACAGGGACCAAUUCGGCCGGAGGAAAGCCAGCAACCGCAGAAAGGAGACCUGGCUACGGCAGAAUCGGUGGUUCACUACUACUAUUACCCGGGUGCUUACUACUAUCCGCUGAGAUACCGUUGGAAUCCUUACUAUUACAGCUCCUACUACUGGUGGCUAUAAAAGUGCACCGUUGCUUAGAAUGUCAUAAACCUGAAAAUUGUACAUUUCAUUCGGCCAGAUCGAUUAGGUUGCGAAUUAAAAGAAUUUUAUUAUCAGUCGUUAUUGACUGUUAAAAUGGCUCCAGAGACCUUGAGAAAUAAAACGACGAACCCGUGAAUUACAGUGGCAUAUAGGCAGAACUAGUUAGUGAUAAAUAGUAAAGUUAUGGGUUGUGAUUAAUUUGUAGCACAUAGUGAAAUAAAAGACAACUUAAUUACCUACA